GGACUUUACCUCGUGUUAGGUGUAUACUUUAAUACUCGUUACUUUAUUUCCUGUGAAGGUCAUCACCCAAUCACCCUUUAGGUGGCCCCUCGAUUCAAAUGACGCUGAUGGGCUGUGUCUGUUUUUGUCGGGGCGAUGUGCGUACCGGUAUUCUAUUUUUCUUUUUCUGAUUUUACAUAAACAGUAACAGGUGUGCGCGUGUAUGUGUGUUGCUUAUCGGUGUGUGCGCCGGUGACCAAGAAGUCCCACAUGGAUCCCCAGUACAAUGGAGCCAAGCCACCCGAAGGUAACGACACCGCGUGGGCUCCUCCAGUCAAGGUGGCCCGCUUGGAACAAUGCGAGGGAGGAGGGAGUUCAGCCCACGAGAGCAGCGGGCAGGGGAGCCCUUCGGCCAAAUCGCCCGUGCUGGUCCUCAAACCCUCCACUCCACAGAGCAAGAACUGGCACAAGAGAGGGAGCCUGCUGCCAGUGUUCUGUGUGGUGGAGCACAGAGAGGGAGUGGCCGAGGGGGAGAAGAGGGAGGAGCAUGCAGAGUUUGUGCUGGUCCGGAGAGACCUGCUCUUCAACCAGCUGAUCGAGAUGGCCCUGCUGACGCUGGGGUACUCGCACAGCUCGGCCGCCCAGGCCAAAGGUCUCAUCCAGGUGGGUAGGUGGAACCCAGUGCCUCUGUCGUACGUCACCGACGCGCCCGACGCCACUGUGGCGGACAUGUUGCAGGAAGUUCACCAUGUCAUCACCCUCAAAAUACAGCUGCACAGCUGCCCCAAGCUGGAGGAUCUGCCAGCCGAGCAGUGGAGCCAUUCCACAGUGAGGAACGCUCUGAAGGAGCUGCUCAAGGACAUGAACCAGAGCGCCCUGGCCAAGGAGUGUCCCCUCUCCCAGAGUAUGAUAUCGUCUAUUGUAAACAGCACUUACUAUGCAAACGUCUCGGCUGCCAAGUGUCAUGAGUUUGGACGAUGGUACAAGCACUUCAAGAAGACCAAGUGCUUCAAGGAGACGGAUGUUUUCUCUGAUCCGCUACAAACUACGAUUCCCUGCGGCCCCCCGCCCGUGGCCCCCGGCAGCACCGCCGAGCCCGGUGCCGCCAUGCUCUUCCCCCACGGGGGCACGGCCAACCUGUGUGGGCGUGCCCCGCUCAGUCUCCGCCCCCCCGGCCUGGUAGCCACGCCCCUCAGCCCACAGUUGGUCAGCCAGCAGAUGGUGAUGGCCCAGUUCCUCAACCAGCAGUACGCCGUCAGCCGCAUGCUAGCCGGCCAGGGCCUGACCCCCGCCCCUCCGCCGCAGUACAACAUGAGCCAACCUCUCGCGGGGAGGACGCCCACCCUGGUGCUCCCCAAGCCCCCCGAGCCGCAGGCCCAGCUCCACGGGCAGUGUGGCCCGGUCGGAGGCCCUGGCCCCGGCCCCGGGCCCGGGCCCGCCGCUCUGACUCUGACCCUGGCCCCGACCCAGACCCUGACGCAGGCGUCUGCCGGGCAGGGCUGCCCGAUGGGGGGGGGGCUGUCGGAGCUGACCACCGACAUUUACCAGAGCGUGAGGGACGAGCUGAAGAGGGCCGGCAUCUCCCAGGCCGUGUUCGCCCGGGUGGCCUUCAACAGGACCCAGGGUCUGCUGUCGGAGAUCCUUCGCAAGGAGGAGGACCCUAAGCAUGCGUCGCAGUCCCUGCUGGUCAACCUCCGCGCCAUGCACAGCUUCCUGCAGCUGGCCGAGAGCGAGCGGGAGCGCUUCUACCAGGAGGAGAAGGAGCGGAGCCUGUCGGGCGUCCCGCCCAGCUGCGGCAACACCCCGCCGAGACCCACUCAGUCUAGGAAAGAGGAUGUUACCUGUGUCAAGACUGAAGAUUGGCCCUCCCGACUUCCAAUAGCCAUGGCUUCAGCCAGGCUGUCCCCACUGGCAGCAGACCGGGGACAGCAGGCGGGCGAUGGCUCUGGCCUGGACAUCAGCAUGUCCAUCUACGAGGAGAUCCAGAGGGAGAUGAAGAGGGCAAAGGUGUCUCAGACCAUGUUCGCCAAGGUGGCCGCAUCCAAGAGCCAGGGGUGGCUGUGUGAGCUGCUGCGCUGGAAGGAGGAGCCCAACCCGGAGAACCGCACUCUGUGGGAGAACCUGUGCAUGAUCCGCCGCUUCCUUGGCCUGGCGCAGGGGGAGCGCGACGCCAUCUACGAGCACGAGAGCAGCAGCAGCGCCACCGCGGCCCAGCAGCACUGCACCAUGGACCGGCUGGGGCCGGUCGCCGGGGACAACGCGCUGUACCAGUGCCAAUCCCCGCUGCCCCAUCAGCACCACGCGCAUCAGCUGACCUCCCAGGCGCACCAGCCCUUCCACCCGGAGGCGGGACCUCAUCUGUCGCCACGGCAAUCGUCCACCGCAUCGCCCGCCGAGUCAUCCGAGGGGGGCUGGGCUCACCCGGGCGUGUGGAUGCAGGGCAGGGGGCGGAACGGCGACAGACGCGACGCAAAGGACUGGGGCGAGGGCGAGAGCGGGAAGGGCUGGGGCGGGGGCACGUGUCCGCCCGUUGAGCUGGGCCUGGAACUCUGUGGGCAGACGCACGAAGGGGGCCCCGUCGACAAAGCCUCCCACCUGGUCAACGGGGCCUGCAAGAAGGGCUGGAGCCAGGGCAGGCUGUCGUCACUCCCCCAUUGGGGCGGUCUGAAGGGCGAGGGCGGAGCGCGUCCGGAGGGAGACGACGAGACGGUGGAGGCCCGGGGGGAGGGGUGCAGGGUGUCCCGGGAGGCCCUGGGCAUCCUGCAGAGCUUCGUGCAGGACGUGGGCCUGCACCCCGACGAGGAAGCGCUGCACACGCUGUCGGCACAGCUGGACCUGCCCAAGCACGCCAUCCUCAGCUUCUUCAGCAGCCACGACCACAGGCCCCAGGGUCCGCACAACCUGCGCACGCACUGCCACAACCACCAGCGGCACCAGCCGGAGCACGAGCAGCCCCCCGAGGACCUCCACCUCGGCCUGGGCACCGGGUCAGAGCGGGCCCAGGCGGCCAGAACUGUGGAGGGGCCAGAGGAGCACGGCAGAGAAGGUGACCUGUACCAAGUGGUGAAAAAGGAGGACGGCAAGCUGGGACGGAUAAUAGAGACCGAGGGGAAGUACGGGAUGACCGCUUCUGAUGAGAUUAACAUAGGCACUCAAACUACUGGUAUUGUGAAGGAGGAACAACAGAACUAUAAUUAACGUGCGUAUAUACAAUGACUUGUGUCCUGUCGUUAUUGUAGGUUGUUCAUAGCCUAUUGAAACUACUUUUCUUUCAUGAUAGAGCACAACAUCCUUUCCCCGUGCAACACAAUCAUUGUUACCUGUGCACCAGUGUUAACGCUCUUCUUUUAAAAGGCAACUUCCUAAAAGACAUUAUGUUUCUGAGUUACAUUUUUUCCUGAUCCUAAAACACCUGAUCUCAACUUUAUAAUUGUUACAUCUUAAAUUAUGCAUAGUCGUGUUGUCUGUGUCUGUGUCUUUUUUAUUGCCUUGUAAACUAGAACAUAGUUUUCUCAGCAGUUUUAUUUAACCCUCAUGGAGAAUUUGCGGAUAGAAAAUCAUUACUAUCAAAGUACAAGAUAAUCAAAAGAUUUUUGAUUUACCCAAAAUAUUAUUUGUUGUUUUUGUUUUUAGAAAUAUUACAUUGCAGGUACAGGGAUUCAUGAAGUCAUUCAUCUCUCAUUUUGUUAAUUAAUAUACAGUGUUUUGAAAGAUUACACUUUGAAAGAAAGAUACUUUUCAAUGCUGUGCAUAAGACAUCAAUAUAUCAAACGAUAUCAGUUAAACAUAGAUCAGUUGCUGUGAAGCCAUCCAUAUAAAGUUCCUGCUGACGCUGGAUCCAUUCCUGUAUUUUUGUCUUCCCUUUCAUUAUGCCAGAUUUUAUGAAUAGCCUUUAAAAAUAAUGACUUCAUGCAUACAUUUUAGUAUUGUUUUUUCCAAACCUGAAUAAAAAGUGUAACACAAUCCUAUAAGCGAAAAGCGAUGUAUCUAAUAAAUAUAGGAGUUAAUUUCUCAAAGGAAAGUUAUGACUGCAGCUGCCAGCUAAAUCGUAUUCAUUAACUCCAGAAAAACAUGGUUUAUAUGAACACACAGUAUUGUACUCUUUGGGACUGUAUUUGCUGUAUUCAGGGGUAGUAAUUUGAGAACUCUGUUCUAAUAAAAUCCCUUAAGAUCUCAGAAUAAAACCGUAAAAAAAGAAAAAGGACUGCACAACGUUAUCGAAUUCCACUCGGUAGAACAGGUUCCUAUUUUCUCACAGUUAGCCUUCAAGAGAAAAGCCUUCUUGGUGUUGCAUUUGUGUUUCUAAUCCCUAGA